UGAAACCAUGUUAUUUCCCAUUAUAACUUUAGUGAAACUCCUUUUGUAUUUAAAUUUGUUUUCAUGGAGUUUUGAGGACAUUGUGAAUUUAAAAUCAGACGGAGUUGUGAUCAUUGGAAGAAAAUUAUUAACUUUGUUUGAGAAUAAGUCAUUUGCGGCGUUUUGGAGGAUUCCGUACGCCGAGCCGCCGGUCGAUCUGCUGAGAUUUAAGCCACCAAAGCGUUUCGAAAAUCCGACCGAAGGUGUGUACGACUAUAGCGUUCUUUACGAAGAGACAUGUUCCACUAUGUGUGAUGAGGAUUGCUUGCACCUCAACGUGUAUAUGCCUCUCUCUCCCAACAGUACCUGCAUUUCCUCCGUGAUAGUGUGGAUUGAAGAGACGUCUGGAUUCCAUCGACCCGACUUCUUUAUCGACGAGAACCUCGUAGUGGUCUCGGUCUCUUAUCGGACACACAUAUUAGGGUUCUUGAAUACAGAAGACAAUUUUGCUCUUGGCAACAUGGGUGCCAAGGAUAUCCUAGCAGCCCUGAAAUGGGUACGAGACAAUAUCAGCACAUUUAAUGGAGAUCCCGCAAAAGUAACCGUAAUUGGGCACGGAAAAGGGGCGACAUUAGUGGCCUCGCUCUUAAUAUCGAGCGAUGCUGACGAUUUGUAUACAAGGGUCAUCAUUCAAAGUGGCAGCGUACUUUCACCCGCCGAUUACAGGAGUUACAGCUUUGAGAUUGCCAACAAGCUGUACUGGAACUUGAACGGGCCUUUUGACAAAUUCAACCGCACAAAGCUUUACGAUCUACUCUCUAAAGCAUCCACCCGUAAGCUAGUAUCUGCGUCUGAAGAUCUCUUCGAUAGUACUGAAGUUAGAGAUAAUCAAAGAUUGAUCAACGCUUUUGGGCCUACUGUGGAGAAAACGAGGAAGCAUGCUUUUGUACAUAAAUUGCCUAUAAAUAUAUACAAGAGUCGUAUGACGAAUAACAACGCCGACGUAAUGAUGGGGUACACGAACUUGGAAUCCCUUUACAAAUUGAAAGGCUUAGCGAAGAACCGGAAGCUUCUGAAGUAUUUAAAUUACAAUUUUCAAUAUUUGGUGACGUUCGAAGGGGCGGUAGAUGAAUACGGCUCUAAGAGAUACAGAAAGAUACUUAGAAAAAUAAUGGAGUUUUAUUUUUUGAACGGAACAAUCGGGGAGCAAAGUUUGCGGCGGUACGCGAAAUACGUGUCAGACCAAGUUAUUUAUCCGUUGAUUCGGCAAGCGAGAUUACACGCUCAAGUGUCGUGUGCCAAACUUUACUUGUACCGGUUCUCAUUCAGAGGUGAACUCAACAGCGCUUGGAUUUCAUCGGUGGGAAAUUUCAAUUUGUCUGGCGCGACGUUUGGGGAUGAAAUCUGCUACUUAUUCAGAUGCAAAUCCGCAAAUGACAUAUACAAUAGCGGCGUGGGUUCUGCUGAAAGGGACUUCAUUAAGAAAAUCACUAGACUAUGGUCGAAUUUCGCUAAAUACGGAAAUCCGACACCGGAAGCCCAGCUGGGAAAUGUGCACUGGGAUCCGUUUCUCGACCAAUUCCCAUUUAGAGCGUUAAAUUUGGGGCCCAAAAUCAAGAUGGUUGACAUUCCUGAACAGAAAAGAAUUGAGUUUUGGGAUGAACUAGGACAAGAAUUUUAUCCCGAAAAUGAAUGGAAGGACGAACUAUGA